GACACCCGACCCCCCAUCCUACCACGUUAGUAAAUGAUUUUUACUCUCUAGGACUAGGAGCCUCGAUCCUGGCUAGUUAGCGGCCGCGACCGCGCACUGAUGCAGCCGGGCCGCCGGGCGAUCGCGACAGACAACGGCGCUCGAGCCGAGAGGAGGUUGCACAGGAUCCGCCACCCAGCCCGGCCAGAUUACCUUUCAUUUUCCUCAUCGACAUCGUUGACGCUACGAUUUCCACUCCCAGUUCCACCCCUUCCAAAAAUAUUGAAGGGAACAUUGCACACUCUCUGAUCGUGAUCUUCAUCCAUGGUCAAGCUAAACUAAUCUGGAAGUUCUUGUGAUAAAAAUCUCACUCUUUUUCGGCAAUAUAUGGGACUGAAGCCUUCUAUCUUGUUCGACGGUGCGGUGGAUGCGACACCGGAAGUCUCCGUCAUUUGCCUUACCUCCGGCUCCGAAGGCCGAAGUUUGUGGGGAAAUUUUUCGACAGCAAAUUUCAGGUAUCUGGUCUCAGGAAGGAAGAACCAGAGGAAGUCCAUUCAUCAGUCAAGGGUAAACUACCUCAAGAAUGUAUCUCCUGGGCACUUCCACCUUUAUGCAUCGGUUACCCGUCUAUGGCAAAUGCAUCAUCUCAAAUAGUAUGAACAGGACAAAACAAUGCCUUGAUUGUUGCCAUAAAUGUAUUCCCUCAAGGAUAUUCCCAGGAAAGGCAAUAGCGAUUCCCCAUUCGUCUUUCACACCAGCAAGGGUCUUCUGCACUUGCAGGAUUUUCCCAAGGACUAUAAAGCAGUACUACUUGUCAACACUGAGACCUUCAAGAUGGAGUGCCCUAGUCGGUACUUCCAGGAGAACUUUUCACUCCUCGUCAGUCAGAAGAAACGGGUUCAGGAGAGCAGACUCGACCAAGAAUGAACCUAUCCCUAGUUUGACGGUUCCAAAGAGAUCGGAAAUCUGGAGGUUGCUGUCCUUAGCAGAACCUGAGAAAUAUAGACUUGCCGUUGCUAUUGGACUCCUACUCAUAUCCAGUACUGUCACUAUAGCAGUGCCCUUUGCCCUUGGCAAAGUUAUAGACACCAUCUACAAUACAUCGAGCGAAGAGGGCAGCAGAGAUGAUAUGAUGAAGAGGUUAACUAGGUUGUGUACGUUCUUGGCGGGGGUCUUCCUGGUCGGCGCAGCUGCCAAUUUUGGGCGUGUCUACCUCAUGCAGACAUCAGGUCAAAGAAUCAUCAAACGACUGAGGGAGAUGUUGUUCAAGUCUGUAGUUGCCCAGGAGAUUGGUUUCUUUGACAAGACGUCUACAGGAGAACUCAUCAACAGACUGUCCACUGAUACAUCCAAGAUCGGCCAAUCACUCACAUCUAACAUUUCCGAUGGUCUAAGGUCAACAGUGCAGGUCAUUGGAGGCAUAGGCAUGAUGUUUUAUUCAUCGGCUCAGCUGGCUACUGUAGUAAUAUCAAUAGUACCCCCAUUCUCCGUUGUUGCCAUUCUCUACGGGAGAUACGUACGCUCACUAUCCAGGAAGGUCCAAGACUCUUUAGCAACUGCGACACAGGUAGCAGAGGAAAGAAUUAGCAGUAUACGAACUGUGAGGGCGUUCUCCCAUGAGAAACGAGAGGAGGCUGCUUACAGCGACAGAGUAGAAGGUGUCUUUCAACUCACAAAGAAAGAGGCAUUUGCGAGUGGAUUAUUCUUCGGUGCAAUGGGUUUAUCUGGUAAUCUUAUCAUCAUGACUGUCCUUUAUAAUGGAGGUCUGAUGAUGACAGAAUCACAGAUUACUGUAGGGGAUCUCUCUGCAUUCCUUCUUUAUGCUGCCUAUGUUGGAAUAUCAAUCGGGGGAUUAAGUAAUUUCUAUGCAGAACUGAUGAAAGGGAUUGGAGCUAGCACCAGGCUUUGGGAGCUUGUUGACAGAAAACCUUCUAUACCACUUUCAAGUGGUCUUAAAUUGGACAUAACUCAACUCAAAGGGGCAAUAGACUUUAACAACCUACACUUCUCCUAUCCAAUGCGCCGCGAUAUGCCCAUCUUCACGGACUUGACUUUAUCUGUGGAAGCGGGAUCAGUGAUGGCUGUUGUAGGGGCCAGUGGAUCAGGGAAGUCUAGUCUUGGGGCUCUCCUGUUAAGGUACUAUGACCCCAUUGAAGGUUCCAUUACAUUAGAUGGAAAGGACACCACUAUAUUGAGUCCAGAAUGGCUGAGACAUCAAAUUGGAACUGUUAGUCAGGAGCCGACACUCUUUUCAUGCAGUAUCAGGGAGAACAUAUCCUAUGGAGCUGUCGAUCCAGAUGACGUUUCCAUGGAGAUGAUAGAGGAGGCGGCUAAGACAGCCAAUGCCCACAACUUCAUCAAAUCAUUCCCGAAUCAGUAUGAAACGGUUGUCGGAGAGAGGGGUCUCAUGCUCUCGGGUGGUCAAAGACAAAGAAUAGCCUUGGCUAGAGCAGUACUGAAGAAUCCUAAAAUAUUACUUUUAGAUGAAGCUACAAGUGCCUUAGAUGCCGAGAGUGAGUAUCUGGUCCAGGAAGCCCUUGAGAGGUUGAUGGUUGGGAGGACAGUCAUCACCAUCGCCCAUCGCUUGUCAACCAUCAAGAACGCAGACAUGAUAGCCGUCCUGGAUUCUGGUCGGAUCGCAGAGACGGGUGCGUACGAGGAGCUGAUGAGGAUACCAGACGGGUUGUUCAGGAAACUGGUAGAGCGGCAAACUGUCAUGAACUGAUGCUGUUCUACAAUGGUUGGAAUCGGUAAUCGAGGCCGGUAUCAGGGCCAGAUUUAGCCAGCCUUGUCCUUUGCCAUGGCCUUGGUUGGAGUCGCGUAUACAAAGUCUUUCGUAGAGGUUAUUCUCAAGCGGCCUUGUGACUUAGGAAGUACCGGCCUCGACUACAUCCCUGGUCCUAGACCUCACAACAAUGACUGUAGAUGCACACCUACGAGAGCACAAUGGAAAUCUUAACCAAAGAAUUUCAAAAGCUGUUGGAACAGUAGACAAUCAUGGACUACAGCUCCUUAUUACAACAGAGUAGGUAUAGAGGCCAGUAAUAAAAGCUAGACAGUACUUCUUUCUGAUGCAAUUUCCAACAUGGUGUAAGAUAAUGAUUUUUUUUUAUGUACCCUGUACAAUUUUCUAUCCAUAAUGUAUGGGAUUGAGAAAUUUUGAUUAAUCAUGUCACAAUAUGGGAAGAAUUCUCAAAUUUCCAUUGAAUGGAUUUAGCAUUAGACAUUGUUAAAUGAUGAGAUUGAUGCACUUAUGUACAUGUAAUAUGAAAUUUAUGUUAAGGUCUCAAGAAAACUACAUUUAGGAUUUGAAGUUUUUAAUUAGUUAGAGCACAAUUACUAGACCUUGGUCGAGUUGCAGACGUAAGAAAAAAAAACAUCAAGUGAAAAUUCUGAAGGAAAAUGGAGCAUGGGCAAAAAAUCUAUUGUAGACAUUUAUAUGUACAGUUGGGGCUAGAAGUUAACAUACCUCCAGGAAAUUAAAUGCAAAUUGGUCACAUGCCAAACACCAUAAAAUUUACCUUAUUUAUCAGAAAUAUUGGUAGUACCAUGACAAAUUUGGUAUCAAAUAACAGAGCUUAUAAAGUACUUCGCAUGAAUGGGGAUGUGAUGGGACUUUAUUGUUAGGUGGAAUUUUCUAUCCAGAAAAUCUAGUAAUGUUUAUGCCAAAUUUAUGUUAUUAUUAAGUCAAUAUAUUUUCAAACAAUAUCAAUUACCAAUAUAAAAAUGUUAAAACCUAUGAUUGAUAUUACGUUGUGUAUCAUGAUAUGUCACCACCAAACAAAAGGUAUAACCUGGUGGGUGUUUCAUAGAGCUGUUCAUAAGUAACAAACAACUUAACAAACGACUGGUGAUCCUAUACAACAAAUUUACAUUGAUGUUAAUUUAGCACCUAAGCAAGGGUCACUUUCAUAAGUUAUGAGCGACUUAAUGAAUGACUGUUCAUUAAGUUGCUCGUAACUUGUGAUUAGCUUUAUGAAACACCUUCCUGAAAUGUUUGUGCUAAGAAAUUACAAGCACAAAUAUGAACUGUUUUGGCCAAGAUUUUUAAAAUGUUUUUCUAAAACUUCAGAUUUUUGUCACACCUGCAUAGCAGAGUGAGACUAUAGGCACCGCUUUUCCGUCAGCGGCGGCAGCAUCAACAUCAAAUCUUAACCGAAGAUUAAGUUUUUGAAAUGACAGCAUAACUUAGAAAGUAUAUUGACCUAGUUCAUGAAACUUGGACGUAAGGUUAAUUAAGUAUUACUGAACAUCCUGCCUGAGUUUCAGGUCACAUACCAAUGUCAAAGGUCAUUUAGGGUCAAUGAACUUAGACUAUGUUGGGGGAUCAAGAUCAAAAUCUUAACUUAAGGUUAAGUUUUUGAAAUUUCGUCAUAACUUUGAAAGUAUAUAAAUUAUAUGGACCUAGUUCAUGAAACUUGACCAUAAGGGUAAUCAAGUAUUACUGAACAUCCUGAAAUUUUGUCAUAACUUUGAAAGUAUAUGGACCUAGUUCAUGAAACUUGGACAUAAGAGUAAUCAAGUAUCACUGAACAUCAUGUGCUAGUUUCAGGUCACAUAACCAAAGUCAAUGGUCAUUAAUUUAAGGUCAAUGAACUUUGGCCAUGCUGGAGGUAAUUAUUAAAUUGCUGUCAUAACUUUCAAAGUUUAUGGAUAUAGUUUAUGAAAUGUGGAUAUUAGGGGUAAUCAAGUAUCACUGACAAGUCUUAGGUCGCAUGAUCAAGUUUAAAUAUCAUUUAGGGUCAAUUAACGUAGUAUUGUAUCAUAAUAUGAUUUGUGUUUUUUGUGAUUAUUUUAUAGUAGUUUUCAAAGUCAGCACUGCUGCUAUAUUGAAUCGCAUAAUGGAGGUGAGACUGCCAGAGGCACUCCACUUGUUGGGUAAAGUUGAUAAAAUUUCCUGAUGAUAUGUCAAUGUGAUGAUAGAGCAGAAUGAAAUAAUUUGUUUUGAUACCAUAUUUUUCAUGAUAGCACAUAUAUAUUUUUUUUAGAAUAGUCAAUUUUAUGAUGUUUGGCAAGUGUACAAUUGUCAUAGAAUUUUCUGGGGGCCCUACUGUACUGUAGGUGUUACAAAGAAUUUAUUUUUUUGUGGAAUACUCAAUUUAAAAGAGAAAUGGUGAGAACAUGCCCAGCGUUUUUUCAAGAAAUGUGGAGAAUUGAUUUUAAUAGAUUUAUUAUGGGAUUACAUGUAUGUUAUGACGUUCAGCUAAAAUAGAGUUAUGCAGAAAAUAUUUGUAGAAAAAGUGUAUACAUAUAAUUGAAUAGGGAAAUUAAGAUCAACUAAUUGAAAUAUAUUAAGCAUAGAAAAAACAAUAUGUUUAGUUAUUAUUUUUCAUUAUAAAAUUAACAAAUAUAGACUGAGAUUAUUGGCAUUGUUGCAUCUGGUAUGAAAUAAGAUUUAGAAUCGUGUGUGAUAAGAUAAAUUCUUCUGACAUGUAUAUAUCAUCAAUGCAACUCAUUUUCUGAAAUUACAAUUAGUAUUUGUUUUGUUGUUGUUGAAUUUCAAAUUGCAAUAUAAAAAAAAGAAGGAAUGAGACAUAGAUUAUACAAUAAUGAACUUUUGGGCCAAACUGUCAUUUUACAUAAUAUGAUAUGAUAAAGUGACAGCAUUCUCAUUUAUUAUAUUUUUUGCAUGCAUUUUGUAAUGAAUAAUGCUACACGAUACUGUAUCAUAGUCCAAAUAACUACACAAUAUGCACUUAUGAAUAUUCUAUUGAGUUGCAAUAACUAGAAUGAGCUUUUAACUGUGAUGAUGUAAACAUUAACAAGUAUUGCUUGCAUUUGACUCGGACUGUAUUUUCGAAGCAAUUUGCCACUAUUCUCUCUUUAAAGUGCAUAGAGAAUAUCAAGCCUCUGUCUUUCAUGUUUUUUUAUAGUUUCUUAGAUUGAGAUAAUACAUGUAUGUAGUGAGCUCACCAUUAACAACUGAUUGCGAUCAUCAGGUUAAGAAGUAAAUUGAAAUAUGUUUGAUACAAAAUAUCCCUACAUUCAAAACUUACAAAAGCAGUAACCUGUAUCGUAAUUUGAUUUAAGCACUUUACAAGGCUUUUUUUUCAUACUGUUUUGAUAAUAGAAUUCAGUAUUUGCCUACAAUUUGGAGAAGUGGGAAAGGAAAUAAAUCUUUGAUUAUGAUGACCAGAAUAACACAAUUAUCUGAAAUUUUGGAGUUUGGAUGCCAAGGUGUAGGGAAGAAUAGUGGCAACAUUUUUGUCUCGCCUGCAUAGCAGAGCUAGACUAUAUAUAGGUGCCGCUUUUCCGACGGCGGCGCCGCUGCGGCGUCAACACUAAAAUCUUAACCAAGGCAUAAAAAAAAUAUAUAUAUCAUCAUAACUUGAAAAAUAUAUGGACCUAGUUCAUGAAACUGAGACAUAAGGGUAAUCGCGUAUUACUGAACAUCAUGCCUGUGUUUCAGGUCACAUGACCAAGGUCAAAGGUCAUUUAGGGUCAAUGAACUUCAACCAUGUUGGGGGAAUCAAUAUCGAAAUCUUAAUCUAAGGUUAAGUUUUUUAAAUGUCAUCAUAACUUAGAAAGUAUAUGAGCCUAGUUCAUAAAACUUGGACAUAAGUGUUAUCAAGUAUUGCUGAACAUCCUGUGCAAGUUUCAGGUCCCAUGACCAAGGUCAAAGGUCAUUAAGGUCAAAGAACUUUGGCCAUGUUGUAGGUUAUUGUUGAAUUGCCAUCAUAACGUUGAAAGUUUAUGGAUAUACAUGUAGUUAAUGAAAUGUGGACAUAGGGGUAAACCAGUAUCGUUGCUCAUCUCGCACAAGUUGUAGGUCACUUGAUCAAGGUCAAAUGUCAUUUAAGGUCAAUGAAAGUAGUAGCAUAUCAUAUGAAUGGUGUUUUUUGUGAAUAAUUAUUGUAUAGUCACUUGCAAAGUCAGCACUGCUGCUAUAUUGAAUUGCGUAAUGCAGGCGAGACUCCCAGAGGUGCUCCACUUGUUAAGAAUUGACAUACCUUUGAAUAUCUAUUAUUUACAAUUGUACAUGACUGUGUAGUGAUUUUCCCCUUUUCAGUUUUAUUACUAUUGCUUGAGUCAUGAACAUACUGUGAAAUCUGUUGAAAUGAAUGAAUGAAAUCUGUACUACUUCAUUCAUGCACUCAUUCAUUGAUUAAUGUUUGCAUUCAUAGAUAAUAAAUAAACAAACAAAUUAAA